AUGAAGUCUUCGCAUCAAUUUCUAAAUAGAGAGGUUUCCAAAGAUAAUACGGCAGAGGAUAAGCAACUGACGGCAAACUCAUUUAUCACGAGUAAAUCCUCAUUUCUAAAAAAUAAUGAGUCGAAAAACGUUACUUUUGAAAGCAUGAGGGAGAAUCCAGGAUUUUAUGUCGCUGACGCAAAUGAUGUCAUUGAUUGGAUUGAUGGGUUAAAACAUCGGUAUCAGAAACUAAGGUUGAACCAGCGAGAAGAGUUGAAAUUAUUGAGAGAACAACAAGAUGAAGAAAACAGGGCAAAACGAUUGAAAGAAAAGUAUAGAAAGAAGCAUUUUGAUGAGGAUUUCAUCAAAUUGGGUAAAUAUUUGGAACGUCAAAAUGAUUUUGGAGAAAGCAAAGGGCAAGUCCUGGCGACGACUUGUAAUGAACGCAAUGUUGAUCAUACUAGGGGGGAUAUCAUUCAAAAGAAUAGUGAUAGACAACUGCUGUUGCAUGAAAAAGACCAUUAUAAUGACUGGAAAUCAACUGUCAGCCAAAGUCUGGCUAGUAGCGGAAAGGACAUUUCUAGUGGUGAUUCUGAAUUUGGUGUGGCUGCUUAUUCCCAUGAUAUAACGGGGGAACCUCAAUACAAUUUAGAUAAGAACCGUGAAGGUGAACAAGAAAAUAUGUAUUUUGGUCAUGGGGGAAGAAGCGGUGAAAAAAUAGACAGUCACCAGUAUAAUAAAAUGGAUAGCGAGAUUAUUGAAAUUUCGUCCAGCUCUGACGCAGACGAUGUUGAAAAUGACAAUGACGACAAUGUUGAAGAUGAUGAUGACGACAAUGAUGAUGAUGACGACAAUGAUGAUGAUGACGACAAUGAUGAUGACGAUGAUGAUGAUGACAACAAUGAUGAUGACGAUAAUGACGACGAUGAUGAUCACCAAGGUGAAUACUCGGAUUCCCACAUGAUAAAUGAUGAUUACAGAGACGAGCAAAAUUACAGCCAAAAUCGAUAUUCUAGCAUUUCAUACAAUCCACACGUGGUACGCCAUACAUAUGCGCCCAUGCUUUAUUAUAACGAUGAAGAUGAAGAUGAUAAUGAUGAUGAUGAAAUAAUGGAAACCACACAUCUUACAAGAUAUGAGAUUGAAAGUAAAGAACUGAAGUCCGCGAUGAAUGAUGUGAAUCAUUUAGUCCAUCGGAAAGAAAGUGAUUAUACAGAGAGGGAAGAUUUGUCUGACAAUGACGAGAAUCUUGAUAUAGAGAAGUACUCUGAGGAGAGUGAAGAAAAUGAGGAAAACGAAAAUUAUUCUUAUGAGUCAUGCAAUGAUGAUGGUUGGGAAAGCGGUGCAAAUAAGAUCGAAAAAAUAUCUUGCAAAGAGGCGAUACAAAGAUCUGAUCAUCAUUAUCAGCAUCAUGAUGAUGAUGAUGACACUAAAGAGUCAAUCCAAAGCGAUGUUGACAUGGCUGAGGAUCACGAAAGCUACGGAGAUCAUUCUGAAAUAAAUCAGGAUAACAGACAAUUGAAGCAAAGUUUUGAGGAAGACAAAAGAAUGGAGAAGGACUCGGAAGCAAGUUCUGCUGAUUUCUACGAAAGUGUUGAGAAAAAAGAAGUUCUCUCAACUCAUGCUUCCAACUUCAUUGAUUCUCAGUUAGAAGAUUAUGCAGAUCUGGAGAAAGAAGAUGAUGAAACUGACGACCGAAAUCAUUACUCUAAUAUAGCUGCAACAACGUUGAGGACCCUGUACAAAUUCCAACAUUUUCACCAACAGUCAGGAUACAUGGCAGAUUCUGAGUUUACUGAUAACAACUUUGUAGCUAAACCUUCACUCGAAGAUGAUAAAGAAUCUGAUGCGUUUUAUAAUGAUAAUAAUAAUAAUAAUUUCAGACCCGAAGAUUAUGCUGCAGUUCCUGAGGCGUUUUAUGCACAUGAGUUGAGUAGUCAAAGAUUGAAGGUCAAUGACUUGGACAGUAAUUUGUCCGAUGCAUCCUUAGCUGACGAAAGUCAAUUUGAAUCUGCAAAAAGUGAGUAUCCCAUCCCCGUUGCAAAGGAGGUACGCAAUGAUAAAGUGGAGGAGUACCCCUUGGAUCAAAUUGAAGAUACACCUCCAUUACCGGUUUUCAAAUCAAUUGCUGAAGAAGAACCAUUGGUGACAUUGAAGAAACUAAAAGAAACAGAGUUGAAAUACAAUGUCAAGAUUGAUGCCAUAGAGGAGUUGGAAAAAAGCUUAAACAUAACAUCUCUGGAGGAGAGAUUGAGCGGCGAAGAAAACAACUUGUUGUUGCUGACUCCAACACCUCCUCCUCUUUCUUCUUCUUCCAAUCAUGCCAGAUUGCAACUGAACUUAUCUGAAGAGCAAAAACAACAAAAUGAUUUUUUGGAAACAAUUCCUGUGCCGGUUCUUGAAUCGGUGGUGAAUCUAAGUAUGUCAGAAGAUGAGGACAGCACUGAAGAUUUUUCUACAAAUGCUUCGGACAUGGUGAUAUCAACCACAAACCCUCAGAUGAAGGAAAGAAACGAUGACCAUGUAAAGACAAGUAAUGACCUGCAGCUCAGUGAUGUUAUUACGAUUGAUGAAGUGAGGGAUUGUAAUGCGUGCAACGAAAUUGAUGAUCACGGAUUAAAUGUGUUAUCAAAAGUGGAGACUGAUUUUGCACCUCAAGUCAAUGGAGAGAAUCACCUUGUAAGUAAUGAAGAAGAAGAAGAAGAAGAAGAAGAAAAAGAGUCAUGUGGGGCAAUUGAAAACUCAAGUGAUUAUGAAGAAGAUAAAGAAAGCGAUAUGAGCAUCGGAGAGACCAUUCAAUUGGAUGAAAAGAGGAGUGAAGCGAAUGAAGAAAAAGAAAAGAAGGGGGAUGAAGAGGAGGAGGAAAAGCAGAAGAAGAAUGAUGAGAGUGAAACACAAGGCAUCAAUGACGAGUAUCGCAAUCAAAAUCAAAAUCAAAAUCAAAAUCAGACUUUUGUAGCUGAAAGCGUAGAAAAAGAAAGAAUACAGACUCAGAAUAGUUAUUCUACUACGACGAAAAUUGAUGAGCUUGCAAAUUUGAAAGCACAAACUGAGCCUGUUGCAGAAACUGUUGAACUGUCCUCACCUUCACAUAUUGAGUUGGCUAAUGAAGAGCAAGAUUCAAAUGGUGAGAAGACGAGUGCAGCGCUUCUUUGCCCUUUACCAAUUCUUCAAAGUGCCACUGAUCAUCUGCUGUUGCUUGCACUGAUACCCAUGCCGAUUGAACCCCCAAAGCUAGACUCGAUUAAUGAACUUGAGGUUGAGUCUGAACUGGAAGAAGACGCGUCCAUGUCAAGCGUAGUGAUUGAGGAUGAUAUUGAGCCUGCCUUGGAGACUGAUGACUAUGCAAAUAUGGAAAAUGCCGUAGCAGAAACGGCUUGUGUGGAUUCGGUUGAGGUGGCUGCAUCUGACACAAUUGAUACUUUGCAAGAAUCUAAUUACAAAAGUGAAGAAGAGAAAGAAGAGAAAGAAGAAAAAGAGGAAGAAGAAAAAGAUGAUGUUGAUGAAGAUGAAGAUGAAGAUGAUGUUGAAGAAGAAGAAAAAGAAGAAGAGGAAAAAGAAAAAGAUGAUGUUGAUGAAGAUGAUGAAGAAGAAAAGGUAGAAGUCUCUUACCAGAAGAAUCAAAAAGUCAAUAAGUUAUUGACUUUUGAAGAUGAGGUUAGUGGCGACGCACCAAUUGAAGGCUCCACGAUAGGUGGUAUUGACCAGACAAUCUUAAAGGUACCAACCUCUAUAGAGUCGGAUACACUUGACAAAAGCCUGAAUAGAGAUUCUAUACAAACACAAGAUGAGCUCCCAUCAAACAGCCAAGUUGUGGACAUUGUCGAGCCAUUUACCAAUGAUGUUGCUUCAGAGAUAAACUUUUCAGUUUCCAGUGCAGUAGUCUCACAUCAAAUCGAGGGAAAUGACUGUCAAGGAACCACUCUUCGAACGACUCGUGUCUCUGAGGAGGAUGCGGAAGGGGUAUUGGACACAGGCAGCAAUGAUGAAAAAACGGGUUUUGAAUGCAGUAAUGAUGUAAAAAUUGUAGGUCUCAUUCCCCAUUCAGAAUUGGACCGUGACGGAAGCUUUGAUAAGGAAGUGGAAAAAACUGAAACAAUAGCCAAAAAUGAAAUUGGUCUGGAUUUGGUUCCAACAAAAAACACUACUGAGCAAAAAGUAGAUGAAGAAAAUCCGUAUACUGUCGAGAGUCAAACUAAUGAAGUGGAACAAAUGCACGAUGAAACAGAACUACUGGAACUGCUGAAUGCAUUUGCUACUAAAACAGAUGUUUCUAUGAGCUCUUUUGAUACUGGUAUGCCGCAGUCAGAUGACAAAGAUCAUGAAGCAGAUAAGCUUGAAACUGAGAGUGAGACAAAAAAAUUAACGGAAUAUGAUGUAGAAAAGAUACUCAGCAACAGGGAGAUUUCAUCUAAAAAUAAAUCACAGCAUGAAAACAAUGAGAAUGGUAUAGGAACAAGUAAUUUUGUCUUCCCUGCAAUCACGCCGUUCGUGCAACUAGGAAGCUACAUUGGUAGUUUAGCGAACAAGUACAAUAAUUACAAAAGAAAUAGGGAACCACUCUAUGGCACCACAACAACACGAUCUGUCGAGAUUUCAUACAUGAGACCAUCUAGCCGGCGAAGAAAAAGAAGAAGAAUUUCAAAGUUGCCUCUAGAAGAAAGUAAGCCUGUAGAGGAGGAGAAGAAGGAAGAUAGGAAAAAAGAGAGGGAAGAGGAGAAAAAGAAAAAGAAAGAUGAUGAGAAGCAAAUUACUACCAAACCUGAGCUAACUGGUUCUAAAAAUAUUGAAGUGAAAGACAGAAUCAUCAUAAAUGAAACAAAAGUUGCUGUACCAGAUGUAACAGAUUCUACUGUUAAAGAGGAUGCUCCAGCUAGUCUGGACUCUAAAAAGAGACAUUAUCGUCGUAAAAUCCUUGGCUUAGACUUGAAUGAGAUUGAGAGUUUUGAGUCAGUAAGAAGCUUACGAAAUGGUAACGUGUAUGGUAGCGAAGACUCAUCAAUGAGGUCUGAUACUAGAAUAACGCGAUCACGCGAUUCCACUAGAGAUCAGUUAGAUUUGAGGUAUCCAAGAUCAAGCUCGAAGUCCGACUCUUGUGAGCACGAAUGUCCUGCGUCCAGAACGAGAUCUAAAUCGCCUAUGAAAAGACCAGCUCAUGCUAUGAGCGAACCUUGUGAGCAAACAAGAAGGAAAAGAGCAAAGGAGUCUAAUUUUGGAACAAACAAUGAAUUUGAAAAUAAUAGAGGACACCCGAGGGAGAAAUAA